AUGGGUGCAAGAAGAUUGGUUCUUCCCGGAAACUUUCCGAUAGGUUGCCUUCCAAUACACAAAAUAGCAUUCCAAAGUGCACCCCUUAACAACCAAAGUUGCGUGACAGAGUUGAAUGAAUUUGCGAAGUACCACAACGAGCUUCUGCAAGAAGCCAUCCUCAAACUCAAACUAGAGAAUCCCAAUACUGUCAUAGUGUACGACGACUAUUACAAUGCUUACCUAGAUCUCCUCCAAACGGGAAUAGAUAGUGGAUAUGAGGUAGAGAGGGCUUGCUGCGGAAUAGGACGGAAAUACAACUUCGAUUUGGGAAGAGUGUGUGGAGGAGCUAAUGUUAGUGUAUGUGAAGAUGUUGAUCGACAUAUAAGUUGGGACUGCAUCCAGAUGACUCAACAAAGCUACAAGCACAUGGCCGCAUGGUUGAUACCGUGCUUUUUUACUAAACUCGCCUGCUUUUGA